UUGAAUACAAAUGCGCGACACUGUGACAGCCAGGUGCGUAUUAAAGUGACGUGCUGGUGUUUUCUGCUGGAGCUCAGAGGACGGGGGGGGGGCAGGAGGACCGGACGGCCAGAACUGGAGUUCCUCCUUCAAAGUUCUGUUCCGCUGCACAUCCAGACACAGACCCCCACCAUGAAGACCUCCGCCUCUCUGGAGCCGGUGGUGUCCUGCAGCAUGAGCGGCCCUGCCCCCGUCCCCAAGAGCCUGGCCUUCUCCAUAGACCGGAUCAUGUCCCGGAGCUCGGAGCCCUGCCGGCGCGCGGAGGAGAGGGCGGACGGGAAGAGGCUGCUGGGCUUCUGCUCCCCCAUCCCCUGCAUGAUCCCGCUGCCCCCCCUCAGCUACGACCUGCAGGCCAAGGCCCUCAUGAACUACUCGGAGCUGUGGCGGGCCAGUCUGCGGGGGGCUGUGUGCGGCUCCGCGGCCCCCCCCUGCAAAGGCAGCUGCGGGCUGUGCGGCAGAGAGGAGCCCCCCCCGGGCCCCGGGCUGAAGCAGCCCCCCCCGGGCCCCGGGGGCCGGCUGGUGAGGCCGCAGGUCCUGCACCAGGCCGUGGCCGUGCCCGGCUGCGGCUCGCUCUACUACCUGAACUACCUGGACUCUGCCUACCAGCAGUCCGAGCUGCUGGCCGGACACUGGCUGACCAGCGCGCACAGCCAGAGCCCUCUGCCGGCCCCGCACCGGCUCCUGCUGCUGGACAACGCCAAGCUGGCCGGCCUGGGCCCGGACAAGCUGCCCACCCCCCAGUACCCGCACAAGGAGCACCUGCCCGGCCAACUGGACCAGAUAGUGAAAGACCACCAGGGCCAGGCCGAGAAGACCGGGGCUAAAGCCAGCAAAGCCAGCCCCACCGAGGGCAAGCACAAGAACUUCACCUGUGAAGUGUGUGGGAAGGUUUUUAACGCGCACUACAACCUGACCCGGCACAUGCCCGUGCACACCGGGGCCCGGCCUUUCGUCUGCAAAGUGUGCGGGAAGGGCUUCCGGCAGGCGAGCACGCUCUGCAGGCACAAAAUCAUCCACACGCAGGAAAAGCCUCAUAAAUGCAGCCAGUGUGGGAAAGCCUUCAACAGGAGCUCCACCCUGAACACGCACGUGCGCAUCCAUGCCGGCUACAAACCUUUUGUCUGCGAAUUCUGCGGGAAAGGUUUCCAUCAGAAAGGCAACUACAAGAACCACAAGCUGACACACAGCGGGGAGAAGCAGUACAAGUGCUCUAUCUGUAACAAGGCCUUCCACCAGAUCUAUAACUUGACGUUCCACAUGCACACGCACAACGACAAGAAGCCUUUCACGUGCGUUACCUGUGGCAAAGGUUUUUGUCGCAACUUUGACCUGAAGAAACACAUCAGAAAGCUGCACGACAGCAUUUUCCCUCCAGCCUCAGAGGCCUCCAGAGAGCUGCAGAGCUGAGCCCCCCCCCCUACAGCCA